CUACCCCUUCCCCUUUGAAGGUGGUAAAUACAAACAAAUAGUUGUAGAAUCUUCUUAAUUUCUCCCACCAAAACAUCUUUAACAAUACAAUUCUCUCUUAUUUCUUUCUCUUCAAGCUUCAUUUCUUGCGAUCUAAUCCAUUCAUUUCUUCUUCAUCGAAAAUCAACCCAGAAGACUCAAAGAACCAGAAACCUCAAAUAUGGAUUAUGAGCUUCGAAGAGCAAGAGAAAAGUUGCAGAAAGAGCAAAAGGAGAGGAAAGAGAUGGCCAAAUUGAAGCUUCAAAGAGAAAGGAAGGCUAAAGAAGAAGCUUCUCGACAACGUCAAGCCGUUGAAGAAGUUCAGCGAGCUCGUCGUCUUGAUGCUGCCGAAGCUCAGAUUAAGGCAGAUGAGCAAAUAGCCGAAAAUUUAUUGUCUGGAGGAGGAAUCAUGUUUCAUCGCAUCUUAGAAGCCAUUCUUUAUCCAGGUGUUGGAGAUAAGAUUAAGCUGCCUCCAUCCUGCUUCACUGGAUUGUCUGACCAAGGUGCUUUUGACAAAGGGCCUGUAUACUUCCGGUUGUCCAUCGCUGGUCAAGAGAGCUCCUCUGACACCUCUGCUAAUAGCGAUAGUCAUGGAGUGACACAUUCAGGUGUGUUGGAGUUUACAGCAGAAGAAGGGUUUGUUGCUCUUCCUCCACAUGUAUGGAGUAAUUUAUUUCCCUCAGAAGCACCAGCUCACCCAUUGAUUGAGAUCCAGUAUGUUCGAUUGUCAAAAGGAUCAUAUGCAAAACUUCAACCAGAGGAUAUUAGUUUUUUGGACUUACCAAAUCACAAGGCUGUCCUUGAAACAAGCCUUCGCCAGCAUGCUACUCUUUCUCAAGAUGAGGUGAUUACAGUUAGACAUGGAGAGCUUACAUUCAAGAUACGUGUCCUUGAAUUAAAGCCCUCCCCAAGUGUUUCUGUCUUGGAGACAGAUAUUGAGGUUGACAUUGUCAAUCCUGAUGCAGCCUCUGAGAAGAGUAACCAAAAGGUCCUGAUACCGCUCACUUUUGGAGCACCAGAAUCUGGAGUUGUUGAGGAAGGGGUAUAUAUGUAUUACAAAUUCUCGCUUGACAAUGAUAUGUGGACCACAAUUGCUCCUGGCAAUGCCAGAAUAGAAGUAAAGUUGGAGGCUGAUACAGACUCUGGGGAUACUGAUCUGUACAUAUCCAAACAUCCGCUGAUGUUUCCCACACACCAUCAGCACCACUGGUCUUCCCAUGAUAUGGGUUCCAAGACUUUGAUUCUUAACUCUCAGGAUCAGAAUCUCGGGUUGGGUACUUAUAGUGUUGGUAUUUAUGGCUUCAAGGGAACAACAAAGUACAAGGUAUUGGUGAAUAUUCAGGAUAGUAUUAACUGUGGUCAGCAAGCUGGGUUGUCCACUUCAUCUAUUGAUGUGGACUCUGUAGAAUGUGGGAAUUGCAAGCACUAUAUACCUAGUAGAAGUAUAGCUUUGCAUGAAGCUUAUUGCCGUAGACACAAUGUUGCGUGCCAGUAUGCAGGCUGCGGUGUCAUUCUAAGAUUGGAGGAUGCUAAGAACCACGUGCAUUGCAAUAAAUGUGGAAAGGCUUUUCAACAAGCAGAGAUGGAGAAGCACAUGAUCGUGUUCCAUGAGCCCCUUCAUUGUUCAUGCGGCGUAAUUCUUGAAAAGGAAGAAAUGGUUCAACAUCAAUCCUCAGAUUGUCCUAUGCGAAUGAUUACUUGCCGGUUCUGCGGAGACAUAGUUCAAGCUGGGAGUUCCCCUAUGGAUAUGCGAGAUAGGUUUAGAGGACUUACAGAGCAUGAGAGUGUUUGUGGUUCUAGAACUGCACCAUGUGAUUCCUGUGGGCGUUCGGUUAUGCUGAAAGAGAUGGACAUUCACCAAGUUGCUGUUCACCCAAAUAAUUAAUACCUGCUUCCUCACGUGCGUGGUCUAUUCUUAAUUUUUUUAAUAACAAUGUGCUUGUCUAUUCUGGUCCAACUUCAUAUUGUAGAUGCUGAAAAUUGUCUGCUUUAGCAGACCAUGGGCUAAUGCAGUAAUCCAAGAUAUGUAUAUGUGUAAACUGUAGCAUUACGAUGCGGGCUAAAAAUCAGUGUAUUUGCUUCUUUUGGUGUGGGCACUGAAACUCGAUUGGUUAUAGCAUUUGAAUAUUUGAAUUGGAAGGCCUGAAUUUGUAAGUGUUCCAGGGUUCAUAUUUCCUUCAUACUUUUGAAUUGAAAAUAUAGUACUUGUAUUUUGAAAA